CAGCUCCCUCGGCCUGGCUGCGUUUGAUACAGACGUCUCCCUUGGCCUGGCUGCGUUUGACAGACGUCCCCCUCGGCCUGGCUUCGUUUGACACAGACGUCUCCCUCGGCCUGGCUGUGUGCUGCCAAGGCUGUAACGGUGCUGAUUACUGGAUCAACGAGUUCACCUCCAAUCUAGGAAUUGGAGUCUUUCACUCUGGGAUGGAGAUCUAUGGCAGAGAGUUUGCCUAUGGAGGACACCAAUAUCCAUUUUCAGGAAUAUUUGAGAUAACUCCAGGGGAUGCCACAGAACUCGGGGAGACAUUCAAAGAGGCCAUUGUCCUGGGCAGCACAGACUUCACUGAGGAGGAUGUGGAGCGAAUCAUGGAGGAGCUGGGGAAAGAGUACAAGGGGAACACCUACCAUCUCAUGCACAAGAACUGUAACCACUUCUCUUCAGCCCUGUCGGAGGGAGAUCCCUCGCUGGGUGAACCGGCUGGCCUACUUCAGCUCUUGUGUGCCCUUCCUGCAGAGCUGCCUGCCCAUGGAGUGGCUGACCCCGGCUGCCCUGCAGUCCAGCAUCAGCCAGGAGCUCCAGGCAGAGCUGGAGGAGGUAGAGGAUGCCUCCGCCUCCAUAAACUCCAUGCCUUCCCUCGCCUCUCCUUCCCCCUCCAAGCCCAGGGUUCCGCGACAUCAUCCCCGCUGACAGGACCAGCCCUGUGUGCAACAUCGCCUUCAAUGACCGGCUCUAGCAGGGCCCCUCCUACUGUACACCACUCUGCCAAUAGACAGGAACCUCAACCUACCUAUCUACCGCCCAUGCCUACUGUGCUCCUGAUGAGACUUGCCAUCCACCAGCUGCAUUGAAGCCCCUCCUACACUGACAGGACUGGCAGACUUGGGGUGAAGGCUACUGCCUCGGAGUACUGUUGUGUUUUACACAUAGUAAAACAACAUGCAGAUCAUGUUUUGUGGCAUUUCUUGAUUUUCAAGGACUUUAUUUUCUAUACUCAGGACUCUGAAAAAUACUUUGAAUAUUGUUAUUUUUUCACUAAUAGCUUCUUUUGCUUUUUCUAACACUUUAGUCAUCACCGAGUGCAUUUGUAAUCCUCUCUUUAAAUAGAGCUUUUGUUUACAACAUGUUUGUGGGUGAGUGUUUUACAACCACCUGGGCCAAACCCUCUCCACACUUUUCUUACGACACACACAGCUGACGUCUACACCCGUGGCAGCCGUGCCUGAAGAGUUUUACUGUACCUGCUCGUUGAGCUCUGCACUGUUUCUCUAUAGUUUACCUGUUUCUGUCUUUGUCAAGCAGCAGACUCCUUAACCUAGAAUAACUAACACCGUUUUAGAGUCUUCUGUGUAACUGACAAGAUUUGUAUCCCGUUUUAAAGUUAUUAAAGAAAAAUAUAUGUUAUAGAUCUGAUUAUUGUUUUGAUGAGUUAUGAACUAAAAAUGUUUUCCCUAUUCAACAUGGUGCUUAUGUCAGUAUAGUAUAAUUAAGCAAUAAGGCAGGAGGAGGUGUGGUAUAUGGCCAAUAUACCACGGCUAAGGACUGUUCUUAUCCACGACGCAAUGCGGAGUGCCCGGACACAGCCCUUAGCCGUGGUAUAUUGGCCAUAUACCAUAACCCCCCGAGGUGCCUUAUUGUUAUUAUAAACGUUUUACCAACGUAG